AUGAAUAUUAUGACUCUAUCCCAAAACCUGCUACUUCGUCGUGCAAUGGCUUUUGCCGGGCUCGUUUGGAUGGUGCACUCAGAAAACGCAACGGACACAACUAAUACUGUCUCAAACAAUAAUAAUACAAUUCUUGGCAAUCAGUCUCAGUCAAUUGCUGAGCAAUUGAGCCAGUUAACCGGGAAUUCGGUUAAGGAUUCGGAGAAAAUCAUGAACUCGUGGCUUGGAAAGCGCCAAUGGGAUCUCACUACUUCCGUUCAAUUCGACCAGGAAGUACUUUCACGUCUCCGAUCUCUCCGAGUCGCUCUUCUCGUCGUUGAUUUUCAAAAUGACUUUGUAGACGGCUCUCUCAAAAUUGGAGAUGGUGACGCUGGACAGGACCCAGCCAACGCAAUCGGUCCGCUCAACGAGCUUCUCCAAUUGAACACAUGGGAUCUCGUGGUGUAUACGAAGGAUUGGCACCCUCACAACCACAUCUCAUUUCUCAGUCAAGCGCAUAAUUCAGACAGAGAGAUGGAGAAGAAAGACGAAAAUAGAACUCUGAAUUUCUUCGACUCUGUCCAGUUUAUGAAACCAAUUAAGACUGAACAGAUUCUUUAUCCAGACCACUGCAUCCAGAGGAGCUGGGGAUCCGAAAUUCAUCCAGAGGUUUACGUUUAUCCGAAAGCGGAGUACAUCAUGAAAGGAGUCGACCCGUAUCUCGAUUCAUAUAGUGCAUUCAACGAUAAUAAUGGACGCUCCAAGACUGAACUAGAAGAUGUUCUUCGUCGAGAGGGAAUUGACGCUGUUGUUAUAGCUGGACUUGCUUACGACAUCUGUGUCCGCUUCACGUGUCUGGAUGCAGUUAAGCAAAACUUCCUCGCGGCUGUUAUCCCUGAGUGCAGCGCAGGAUUAAUGAAAAAGGGAAUCGAGGAAUCCGAAUCAGCGUUCAAGAAACAUGGUGUUGCAAUGAUCUCAAAGGAGGAGGCUAAAGGAAUCACUGAUGGAGAAUUCCUCCCAAAUGAAUGGGUUCAGAAAAUCGCUCUUGCAAAAAAGAGCUCAGAAUAA